AUGCUGGGACCAUUCGCGGGUCAUUUUUGGGCUAUCUCUCGUCAAAAACGCAUCAUCAUCGCGACCGGCCACCCCUUCAACGGCGACGACUCCGUCAACGAGAAGGGCAACCAGCUCUCCAAGCGGCAGAAGACGACGAUCUUCCACGGCGGCAGCGACGCGGCCGGCAAGCGCACCCAGUCCUACGUGCGGCGGCGGGCCAUCAAGGGCGCGACCGACGAGGAGACGGGCGAGGCGGUCACCAUCGGCUACGGCGAGCGCACGUACCAGCGCGAGAACGCGCACGGCAUUGCACACCAGGCGAUGAACUUGGAGCUCAUGCGCGAGCACAUCGACGCCGAGCGGCUGAGGCGGCGCUCGGCCGCAAAGGGGCUGCGCGAGAAGGUCAAGACGGCGGCGGGGCGCGAGACGAUGCGCAUCAAGGCGGAGCUCAAGUACGCGAGCGCGGACCGAGCCGUCGAGGAGCUGCACGCCGCGUACGACGAGGCGGUUGCGGCUCGUGAAGGGGCGGUGGCGGCGGCGGGGACGGAGGGAGCGUGA